AAACAAAGAAAAAAACAUCUCCCCUCUCUCCUCUCUACUCGCACAACCCCCAGGCCGAUCAUGAUUGCAUCUGCCUUCCGGGCGCGAGCCUCCAAGGCUCUGACAUUUGGUCGACGAAUGCCACUGCAGAGUCAACCAUCCUCGCGUCUUCUGUCCUCUACCACACAUCGUUAUACCGACGAGGCGCUAAACAAGGUCUCCUCUAGAAUUACACAACCCAAGUCUCAGGGGGCCUCUCAAGCCAUGCUUUACGCUACUGGGUUGACAGAAAAGGACAUGUCUAAGCCACAAGUUGGUAUCUCAUCGGUGUGGUUCGAAGGCAAUCCCUGCAACAUGCACCUGAUGGACCUCUCGUCGGUGGUUCGCGACUCGGUAGCCAAGGCAGGUCUGGUUCCCAUGCGUUUUAACUCCAUCGGUGCAUCAGACGGCAUAAGUAUGGGCACAACUGGUAUGCGUUUCAGUUUGCAGAGUCGAGAGAUCAUCGCCGAUGGCAUUGAAACGGUCAUGAACGCCCAGUGGUACGAUGCCAAUAUCUCACUGCCCGGCUGCGACAAGAACAUGCCGGGAGUUCUGAUGGCCAUGGGCCGUGUCAAUCGCCCAAGCAUCAUGGUGUACGGUGGUAGUAUCAAGCCCGGUUGCAGUGCAGGUGGCCAGCCACUUGACUUGGUUAGUGCUUUUCAGUCGUACGGGCAGUAUCUCACUGGGGAGAUCAAUGAGAAACAACGAUUCGACAUUAUCCGCAACGCAUGCCCUGGUGCUGGUGCCUGUGGUGGUAUGUACACGGCGAACACGCUGGCAACGGCCAUCGAGACACUCGGUAUGACGGUUCCUGGAAGCAGCAGCACACCGGCGGAGGACCCAAGUAAAAAGGCCGAGUGUGAAGACAUCGGCCAGACGGUGAAGAACUUGCUCAAGGAAGACAUCCGGCCUAAGGAUAUCAUGACGCGACAAGCAUUUGAGAAUGCUAUGGUCGUCGUGAACAUCCUGGGAGGCAGCACCAACGCGGUGUUGCAUCUGAUUGCCAUCGCUGAUUCUGUUGGCAUCAAGUUGACCAUUGAUGACUUCCAGGCCAUGUCGGACAAGACCCCUUUCCUGGCCGACUUGAAGCCGUCUGGCAAGUAUGUCAUGCAUGACAUGUACAAGAUCGGUGGCACACCAGCGUUGUUGAAGUUCUUGCUCAAGGAGGGUCUUAUUGAUGGCUCCGGUAUUACUGUCACUGGCAAGACGAUGAAGGAGAACGUGGCCUCGUGGCCCGACUUCUCAGCCGACCAACCGAUCAUCCGGCCUCUAAACAAUCCUAUCAAGCCAACCGGCCACUUGCAAAUUCUUCGUGGCUCAUUGGCCCCCGGCGGCUCAGUCGGCAAGAUCACCGGCAAAGAAGGUUUGCGAUUCGAAGGCACCGCCAAAUGCUACGAUUAUGAGGAUGGUUUUAUUGAGGCUCUCGAAAGAGGUGAAAUCAAGAAAGGCGAGAAGACGGUCGUCAUCAUCCGGUACGAGGGCCCCAAGGGCGGCCCUGGUAUGCCUGAGAUGCUCAAGCCCAGCUCGGCCAUUAUGGGUGCUGGGUUGGGCCAGGAUGUCGCACUGCUCACUGAUGGGAGAUUUUCGGGGGGCAGUCACGGUUUCUUGAUCGGCCAUAUUGUGCCCGAGGCCAUGGAAGGGGGGCCCAUUGCACUGGCUAAGGAUGGUGAUCGAAUCGUGAUUGAUGCCGAACAAAGGGUGGUUGAUCUGCAGAUCACGUCGGAAGAGAUGGAGCAGAGGAGGAAAGCCUGGAAGGCGCCGGCGCCACGGGCGAAGAAGGGAACGUUGAGCAAGUAUGCCAAGCUGGUCAGCGAUGCCAGUCGUGGCUGCGUGACAGAUGGACCAAUUUAGUCGAAGGGUCUCUAGAUAAAAUUACUAAAGUAAUAUAUUCCAAAAACGCAUGAAACUAUAUACCAC